AUGGAUAAUCCUGUCACUGACCCUGAGAUAUCACAUUCUGAACGGCUUAGGCCUGAAUUCGAAUCCUUCGAGCUUGACACGCGUCACAAGGACAAUGUGCACGCACUUACCCCAGACGGCGUCGACUUCCGAGACAACACUGGAAAGGCAAAACAUCAAGAUACGGUGCCGACAGUACAUGAGGCGUCUGCUCACUUGUUCGAAGGCACACGCAAUGCCCAAGCGGACUCUACAGAGGCUCAAUUGUCUCGAUAUCGCUGGAAUUCUAGGCUACAUUUUGCUGCACUUUGUUAUUCGUACCUGCUCGAGGGCUGGAACGACGGCUCACUGGGACCUCUUUUACCUAGAAUUCAGCGCCAAUAUAAGAUUGGAUUCGAUAUUGUCUCUUUGCUCUUUGUGUUCAGUACGCUGGGAUUCAUCGGGGGUGCAAUGUCGAAUGUCUAUUUGAAUCAACGUCUCGGAUUUGGUAAGGUCAUGGUAAUAGGUGCUCUCUUCCAACUUGGGGGCUACGCGUUCAUCAGUCCUGGUGGACCGUUCCCCACAAUAUGUGCGGGUGUUGGCCUGGCAGGGUUCGGGAUCGCUAUGCAGAUGGCGCAGGCAAAUGGCUUCGUUGGUAGUCUAAAGGAGAACACCAGAGUCAAGUUUGGCAUCUUGCAUGCGUCCUACGGUUUAGGUGCUUUUGUGUCACCAUUGGUCGCAACACAUUUCUCCACCGCGUCGCAUUGGUCCUUCCACUAUGUAAUUGCGGGUGGUAUUGCGGUGAGCAAUGUGGUUCUACUUACGGCCGUAUUCCGGCUUCGAAGGCAAGACGACGUGCUGGCGGAGGCUGGACAGACAGCUGGAGAAGCUAACACUAGUACUGAAAAUGUAUACCAUCAAAUCCUGCGGUUGAAGGAGGUUCACCUGCUCUCAAUAUUUUGCCUCAUCUACGUUGGUAUCGAAGUUACCCUGGGUGGCUGGAUUGUGACCUUCAUAGUAGAUAAGCGUGGCGGCGGUGCUACUGCUGGGUACAUAUCAUCAGGCUUCUUCGGCGGAUUAAUGCUUGGUCGGCUUAUCCUGAUGUGGCUGAAUCAGAAGAUUGGAGAGCGAAGGGCGAUCAUGCUAUAUGGCGUAAUAGCCAUUGGAUUGGAGGUCACCGUCUGGGUGGUGCCUUCCUUGCUCGAAAACGCCAUCGCCGUCUCAUUCGUGGGCCUUCUCUUUGGACCCAUGUAUCCGAUCAUGAUGAACCAUUCCACGUCUAUACUGCCGAAGUGGUUGCUCACCGGUGCUGUGGGAUACAUUGCAGGUAUUGGGCAGGCAGGUUCUGCAGUACUACCACUCGUGACGGGGCUGUUGGCAUCCAAGUUCGGGAUCGGCUCGUUGCAACCUCUUGUUGUAUCUAUGAUGUCGACGAUGAUUGUUCUCUGGGCUUUGGUUCCCAAGGCUCGUAGGAUUGAUUGA